AUGGAAUCAUUGGAAAGCGUCAACGCAAAUAGUGGAUCUACGGUGAGGAAGAGCUGGUGGUGGAGCACAAAAAGAAAGGGAUACCAGGCUCCAGGUCCUUCAAAAAGUAGCUCAUCUGGAAGGCGAUCAUCAGAUGAAAUCAUUCCAGACGAAUUAGUUGUCCUGGAUGAGUCUUCUUUAUGUAACGUUCCUAUGGAGCUUCCUACAGGUGUAUCCAAUGAUACAGCUUCGAAAAGUUUUUCUAAACUUUCUCGCGAAGACCAGAUGCUUAGUUUACGACUAAACUCUGUUCACGAAUCAAUGUUCAAAAAAGUCCCGCGUCAAUUUACAGAUGCCCUUCUUGAUCCCGGUCCUCCGAGUAAGGAAAAGCAAGCUGUUCUUUCCGUUGGUAGACCCUCUUGGCUUCCUCCCAAAUCGAAGGCGGAAGAAAAGCAACACCUCCGAGAAUUUGAACAAAUCAGGAGAACUGCUUUAAAGCAUGAUAAAUUAAAUGAAAAGGAAAAGAUUAAAAAAAUGGAACAGCAGCGGAAAAAGAAUCAACACCUAGUUGAAUUUUGGGAUCGUUACAUAUUUCGUUAUUGGCCUGAUAGCCUUACAUCCUCCAAAGUUGCUGGUAUUUGGAGAGAAGGCAUUCCUUUUCGUAUUCGUGGCAAGGCAUGGCAAAAAGUAAUUGGAAACCACUUGCAGUUAGAUUAUCAAACUUUCUUUCUUGCAUGCGAAAGUGCGAAAAAACUUGCGCAUUCUAAUGAAAAUGACCAGACCCAAGAUAUUAAUAUGUUCAGCCAUGAUAAGAGCGCCCUCGAAGUAGAUAUUGAAAGCACGAUACCUCACUUACAUUUAUUCCAAAAAGGAGAGGCCCUUCACAAUGAUCUGAUACAAUUAGUAUCAGCGUUCUCGGCAUAUCGAUACAACGUCCGCUAUGUUCCUGGUAGUACCUUUGUUGGAGCCUUGGUAUUGCUGAAUAUGAAUUUAACAUCUGCUUUCAAUGCGAUGGUUAACCUUUUAGAUCGUCCUUUUAUGCAUGCCGUUUACACUCAGGAUAAAGAAGCAUUAGCUUCGUUUACAAAUUUGUUUCUGAGCUCGUUAAAGAAAUCACUUCCAGAAUUGGCAACCCAUUUUCAAUUCACUUUACAGAUUCAGCCAGACGAGUAUUUAUAUCCUUUAUUGCAAAGAUUUUUCAUUCCCAUGAACUCGGUAGACAUUUCUUCUCGAAUUAUGGAUUGUUAUUUGUUUGAAGAAGAUCCAUUCUUGAUUAAAGUGCUUGUGGCAUUGUUUUCACAGUUGAAAUAUAAGUUGCUGGAAAACGAUUUUCGUUUGUUGCAAAAUACUUUGUUUUAUCAGCCUUGGGAGCUUGGUAAAGAGGAUGAGUUUAUGAAAAAGGUUUUUGAAGCUUCUAUCUCUUAA